AAUGAUCGCCGCCUCACUUCAAACUCUCAAACUGCCAAUUCUCAAAACUCACUGGCGACAUACUUCUUUGAUUUCGACACUUUCGGUUCAGAUAUCUUCCUAGAUUUGAUAUAUGCGAAAGUCUCAAGUGAAUAAAUAUAAUUCAACUACUCACUUCUUACUCAACAACGAAGACGAAGACCCACCUACCUCGUCAACCAAGCAAGGCCGUUCAUUCAGUCAUCUAGGCCAAUUCCACCUACCCCACGGAGUUUCUACAAAUCUAUUAGAACCACACCCAGCAAACACCAACACUUUACAACAUCCUCUCUCUACUUGCAAUUCUCGAAGUUCAGAAUUACUUCCGCACAACGAUACAUUCAACCAAAGCAACCAAUACUCGGACUUUCAGAACCUUCCUCAAGAGCCGCGCUCUUACUUGCGCCAGAUCCGAAUUUCCACAGACAGUCCGAAUCAAUAUCUUGGAUAUUUAGAAGAUGGGUAAAUCUCAAUCAAAGCUCUCCGCGGAGCAAAUCACCGAACUCCAGAAAUCUACUCACUUCGAUAAGAAGGAAUUGCAACAAUGGUAUAAAGGUUUCUUGAAGGACUGCCCAUCUGGGAUGCUCACCAAGGAGGAAUUCCAAAAGAUCUACCGACAAUUCUUUCCAUUUGGAGACCCAUCAUCCUUUGCGGACUACGUGUUCAAUGUCUUCGAUAGCGACAAGUCAGGUUCAAUUGAUUUCAAAGAGUUUAUUUGCGCCCUCAGUGUGACCAGUCGAGGAAAGAUGGAGGACAAAUUAGACUGGGCAUUCCAGCUUUAUGACAUUGAUGGAGAUGGAAAGAUAAGUUAUGAAGAGAUGUUAGCGAUUGUAGAGGCAAUUUACAAGAUGGUUGGCUCAAUGGUCAAACUUCCACCUGAUGAGGAUACCCCUGAAAAGCGGGUCAAGAAGAUCUUCCGUAUGAUGGACAAGGAUGAGAAUGGCAGUCUGGACAUGGAAGAAUUCAAAGAAGGAAGUAAACGUGAUGAGACGAUUGUAUCUGCACUUUCGCUCUACGAUGGCCUCGUCUAAUGGAUUUUCAUGGAGGAAUCUCUUUUCGGUGCUGAAGGUGCAAAGGGGUGUCAAGAAAUUAGAUAUUUGAAAGAAGUUUGGGUGGUCUUCUAGAUCUCCCCUCUUCUUUGUACUUUGGAUCAUUUGUACCUUCAUCAUCAUUCGCCAAGUAUUUGGGCGGUUCAUGUUUUUGGAAGGAAAUGUUUGUUGGUAGUUUAAGCGUUGCGUAUGGUACCGGGAAGUUAUCUCCUGGAUUGGAUCCCUAGGAUGGAUCAAUUGAUUAACCACAUAUACCGGUAUAGAAUAAAAACUCCUGAUGUACCAA